AUGAUCCCAUACUUCCGCAAAUAUAAAAUCCAAGACACUAAAAUACCAACUACCAAGGAAUACUGGGAGUGUCUGAAAUCAGUUCUACUAUCUCACUUGUUUGUAGAAGCCAUUCCUAUUUUUGGAUUUUAUCCAGUUUGCGAGUAUUUCAACAUCAGCAUUGGAGUGCCAUUUCCUAGCUGGAAGGACUGGGCCAUUCAGACAGCGACUUUUUUUGUUUUAGAAGACACUUGGCAUUACUGGGGACAUCGUCUUUUACACACUAAGUAUCUGUAUAAGAGAAUCCACAAACAGCAUCACAAGUAUGCCGCUCCAUUUGGCUUAACGGCUGAGUAUGCACAUCCAGUUGAAGUAGCUUUUACUGGAACUGGUACAGUAGGCAGUCCACUACUAUGGGCAUAUGUUUUUGGAAAUUUACACUUAAUUACUGUUCUUACAUGGAUUGUACUUCGCUUAUUUCAAGCAAUUGAUUCCCAUUCUGGAUAUGAGUUCCCUUGGUCCCUGGAUCAUUUCUUACCAGUGUGGUCUGGUGCCGACCACCAUGAUGACCACCAUCGCUAUUUCACUGGCAACUACGCAUCAUCGUUUAGAUGGUGGGAUUAUUUCUUGGGAACAGAGACAAACUCCACUGUUAAAAAGAGACUUGAAUCUAAGAAGAAGAAAUAA